AUGCGUUUCAACUCCACAUUGAGCCUGGCCAUGCUUGCCAGCGCCACAGCCGCUCAAUUGACAACCCAACUAUUCAACUUCACCAGCUCAAUUAACAUUGAAAACAGCGAGCUCCGUCCUAACGGCCAUCUCCUGCUCACAACCUUCUACAAAGCCCAUCUGUACACAAUCAACCCGCUAGCCCAGAAACCCAAAGCCGAGCUAGUCGCCGCGCUUCCCGGCGCUACAGCUCUAACCGGGAUUGCGGCCGUUGGUUACGACAAGUAUGCCGUCGUAGGCGGAGUACGGGGAUCAUACCACUACGACAAUGAAACCAUUUACACCGUCGACUUUAGCAAGAAUGCCUCGAACCCCACCAUCCAGACAGUCGCUCACAUCCCCGACGCGGACAUGCUGAAUGGUAUGGCUUCAAUGCCAUCUCAGAAGCAUAUUCUACUUAUCGCAGAUGCACGCUUGGGAUCGAUCUUCCGCGUCGACAUAACCACCGGUACAUCGAAGGUGGUGUUAAAGAACGACGCCCUUGCCGCGCCGGCAAACUCGUCAAUGCCCAUUGGCAUCAAUGGCCUGCAGGUUGUUGGGAGUCAUGUGUAUUUCACCAAUAGUGCGCUGAAUAUCUUUGCCCGGGUACCUGUCAGCGAGGAUGGACAGACCUUCGGCCGGAUUGAGGUCAUUGCGCAUCUAGAGCGUGAGGCUGGUGAUACUGAUUCGGAUUGGGAUGAUUUUGCUAUUGAUGAGAGGGGAAAUGCUUAUGUUGCGCAGCCGCUCAAUACCAUUGCUAAGAUCACGCCGGAUGGAAAGCAGAGUGUUGUUGCCGGUGGUGGUGAUAGAUUGACUUUUAUUGGACCUACGUCUGUGCAGAUUGUGCCGGGCAGGAAAUUGGCCUAUGUGACUACUCGUGGUGGCGAUAAGGGGGGGUGUUUCUUAUGGUGGGCAGGUUGUUGCUCUUCAGCUUUGAGAGUAGAUGGUGUAAAGUCUGUACGCGCAUUUAUCUAUGGGUAA